UGAUGGAAGCACCCAAGAUAACCAAGCCUCUGCAAGCACUGGUGGUGCCGAAGGGGUCAUCAGUGGUCCUGGAGGUAGAGUUCACCGGGACUCCCACUCCGGAAGUCAGCUGGUUCCGGAAUGGCAAGGAGAUUGUUCCCACCGGAGACAUGACGAAACAGCCUGGUGUCACCACUCUUACCUUGAGGGACAUCAACAAGAAAGUAACUGGGAAAUAUGAAGUGCGAGCGAUGAAUCCGGCCGGAGAGGCUCGUACUUCCGGCUCAGUUGGGGUGGCAGAUGCUGAAGAACUAUUGGAGAUGGAAGGUGUGAAAGCUCCAAGAUUCAUCCAGCCUCUGCAGCCGCAGACUGUAGCUCCUGGCCAAGUAGUUCUCAUGGAGGCCAUCGUACAGUCAUACCCUACGUGCUCCUUCCAAUGGUUCAGCCACAACACAGCAAUCAAGUCCAGCGUAGAGACGAGGAUUAUGACGGAUGGCAACAAGUCAGUGUUGAUGUUGCCAGCAGCUCUGUCUGAGAGUGCAGGAGACUACACUUGUCGCGCAGAGAACGUUGCAGGCUCUGUGACAUGCAGUGCCACACUGAGUGUCACACCUGCCACGGAGACUGCUGCGGAACUACAGUCACCGGUGUUCACAGUCACGCCACAACGUGCCAAAGUCAUGGACGGCGAACCCACAGAGUUUGUGGCUAAGGUUAUUGGCAAACCAGUGCCGGUGGUCACGUGGUACCACAACGGGCAACCGAUGAAGGAAGGCAAGCAGGUGUCCAUGUAUCAGGACUCGGAAGGUCUGUGCAAACUGGCCAUUACAGAAGUGUUCCCAGAGGAUGCCGGUGUCUACUCAUGCAGGGCUACCAACCCUGUAGGCGAGGCUGUGUGUGCUACGGCCCUGGUUGUUGAAGCAUAUGAGUAUGUGCCGGACUCUGAAAUCGCAUCAAUCACUGUAGCAACUUCCCUGCUCACUGGGCAGAGCGGCUCGGAGGAAGACCUGUUGGCUGACAAGGACAUUUUGUCUGAAGUAUCAGAAGAAAAGCCUGAGGAUCUGGGAAGCGCUCCUUACUUUGUAACACCUUUACCAGAGGAGGUACAAGCUAGAGAAGGAGAACUAUUGAGGCUGGAAGUGAAAGUGGAAGGCACACCAACGCCUCAGAUGCGAUGGUACAAGCAGGGUAUUGAGAUCAUCCCUUGUGAGGAGUUCCAGAUAGAGUACCUGGAGGAUGACUCUAGCGUACUGACUGUGACGGAGGUGUACCCGGACGACGCAGGCGAGAUUGUCUGCGAAGCUCACAAUGAGCUGGGUGUAGCUACAACAACGACUGUGCUGCAAGUAGCAGGUAUCCUUGGCACUAAGGAGUACAGGAAGCCUGAGUGGGUUACACACAUGGAGGAGAUGAAGACCCAGCUACAAGCUGCCCUGAGUGCCCCCACAUUUAUCCAAGAAAUCACAGAUAUACGAGCUCGAGAAAUGGAAACCGUCAAGUUUGAGGCAGUGUUUGCUGGAACUCCAACUCCAGAUGUUAUUUGGUACCAUAAUGACAAGAUUAUCAGAAACACCAAAAAUGUCAAGGUGACAAUUAAAGAGAACAGAACGAUUGUUACUAUCAAGAAAGUAACAGAAGAAGAUGCAGGAAAGUACGUUUGCAAGGUCACUAGUGAGGCAGGGUUGGCUGUGACCAAAGCUACACUGUCCUACACAGGCCUGACUACUGAACAACGGAAGGAACAGGAAAUCAAGUCAGCACACGAGGAAAUGGAGAAGAUCAGGCUGGAACAGGCUAAGAUCAUGAAGAAGAAGGUUCAGCAGAAGCGAGCUGAAGUGAUCAAGCCUGAGAAGGAGUCUGUUCAGCAGGAAGAACAACAACCAUUGGAGAGUACAACCACAUUUGUAGAAACUUCAGAAUCGGCAAAAGCGACAAUGAAACAAGACAUUCAAGAGUCAGUACAAGUGUCUGCUGUGGCGUCCUCGAAGAAAGUGCCGGAUGAUUUGGCGUUCACCGAGAAACCUGAGGUGGCCAAAGUGGUGACAACACCACAGGAGUCCGUAACUGUGACGGAGGUUGGUACCGGAGUAGUGGCUCAGGAGGAGUACAAAAAGGUUAAGGGGAAGAAAAAAGUAACCAUACAAGAGUCAGUGCAGGUGCAGGAGUUUGAGAGAGAGGAAGAAGUUUAUGAGGCACAAACGAUCACCUCGGUACAGGACAUGGUCGUCAGUGAGACUCAGCCGCAAGCAGUUGUACAAGAGAUCACCGAGAAGAAAGUAACUAAGAAGAAGGCUAGGAAGACAGAAGCGAGGGAGCUGAUCCCCGCAGCUGAGGUGUCUGAAGUGUUGCAGUUUGUCAAUGUGGCUGAGUUUGGACCUGCAGAGAGUCCACUCAGAGAGCUGGCGACCGUGGGACUGCUGCUGAGGCAUGGCAUGACUGUGGACGAGGUGGUCGCCCAAUACUCGGCAGACCAGUUCCCAGCGCUGCGUACAGCCCCGGCACAGUCAGCGAUGGUGACUCUUGUGGAGCGCGAGGGUCACAGUGCGCUCAUCUCGGAAACUCUCACAACCGAGUCGACGAUGGAGCAGACGCUCGUGGGUGUGUUCCGUGCUUUCCUCCGGAUGAUUGAGCUCAAGCACACAACUAUUGAAGAGGUUCUCACACUGUUCUCCCCUCAAGACUUUCAGACGCAGUCGUGGGAAACUCACACUUCUCAGGUGGUGGUAGAAGAGUCAUCUGUUACUCACACAGCCACUGUCACAAAAGUACAAACUCAAGAAGUAAAAAGGCAGGUGACUAGGAAGACAACAGAAGUGACUCGUGAAGAAGAACAAGAAUUGGUAGAGGAAACACAAAUUCGCAAAGAAGAGAACAAAAGAAGAGUUCAGCCAAAAUCUUCAACAGAAGACGAAUUGACCAUAACUGAUGUAACCGAAGAUGAUAAAACUCUUGCCACGAUUUCUGAGACUUCAGUGGCAAUAGUUCAACACCCUGAAGAAAUUAAAAAGGUGGUGGAAGAAGUAAAUAUACAAGAAGAUGUUACUGUUGAGCAAAAAUCUAAAUCUGGAGCUAAAAUAAAGAGAAAAGUGGUCAAAACAAAAUCAGAAGAAGAAAUUGAAGUUGUUGAAGAGGAGGUUGAAAAGACCAAAAAGAAGAAAGUUUUAAAAGCUAAGAAACCUACUCAGGAGGAGACUCCUGUAAUUGAAGAAAUCACAGAGAGCCUGGACUCAUUUCAAACUCAACCUGAAAAAGUUAUUCCCUUAAAGACCUCAUCUCAAGUAAGUGAAGCUACUCCUGAGGCUACUUGCAGUCUUAUUGGGGAAGUCCCUAGAGCAGGAGUGAAAGGAAAUGUAAGUGUUACAACAUUUACUGCUAUUGAAAAUCAUGAAGUGCAAGGAAAUGAGAAAGAGGACUACAGACCGGAGGAACUUAUUCCAGUAUCAGUUAAAGCUAAGCCAGAAUUAAGUACUGUUGAGCCAUAUAAUGUUGAGCAACCUCAAGUUGAAUCGAUUGCAGAGGAGUUUAGUAAAUCGUUUAAGUCUAAAACUAGCAAAGCCACCAGAAAUAUUCUACCACAGGAAAGUUUGAUUGUUAGCGAAACUCGAGUAGAUCAAACGGUUUCAAAAUCUGAACAAAUUAAAAAGGAAGAGGGUAAAGCAACUGUCUCUAUGUUAUUGCACGAGGCUAAAGUUGUGAGUGAGACAGAAACAUCUUUGAAAGAAGGUGAAUACGAAACUCUAAGAAAGCCUCUGCAAGUGUCUGCUAGUUCAGGGCUUACUCUGCAGGAAUCUAUCAAUGUAACAGAGGUGACAGAGUCAAUAAGAGAAGAAAAACUUGAAGAUUUUACAGUUCAGAAUUUGAUCAAACCAAAGAUUGGCAUAAAUGAAGUAGAGCCUGUAAUAGUUAGUGAAGUACUGUCAGAAACAAAACCGAGUAAAUAUUUUCCGGAAAUGUUUGUACCAACUGAAACAGCAACAUCAUCUAUUGUAACUCAAAAAACAACAACAUUUACUGAGGAAAUGGUUUUGCCUGAAAAAGAAGGUGAGUACAAACCUGGAAAACUGCCUCAAGGUCAGUUCGCAGGGCUCCAGAUAUUACCAGAAGAUUCUAUUGUUGUUUCAGAGACAGCAGCUCAUGAAAAAGAAAUUCCUUUUGGCCCUGGCCAAAGACCUGGGGAAACUGUAGCUACCCAGGGUGUAGACCUGAUGGAAGGGAUUGUAGUAAGUAUGGUGCAGCAUCAAGAUACAGAAAGUGUUCUUAAUGUACCAAAACCUGAAAUGAAACACAUUGAUGUCCAGUUCACUAAAAAAGAAAGUUUUAUCACAGUAGAAACACAUACAGCUGAAUCAGAAAAAACAUUUAGAGCAAAUGAAAUUCCAGGAGCUCAAACUGCUACUAGCUCAGUUACAUGUUUAGAAGUCUCCGGUGUCUCUGAAACCAUAAGCAGCGAGUUGACCGAUGAUUAUAUGCCUGGUAAAACUCCCUAUGGUGCCAAAGCAGAUUUAAGUUUUCAAGAGAUAGAACCUUUAUCCAUAACUGAAAUAAAGUCAGAAGAUGCCCCUGGGGAAUUGUCAGAUAUUUUAAAAUAUCGAACUGAUGCUGCCUCUCCCAAAUUUCAAACUUUAGAGUCAAAAGAAAUAACAGAAGUUCAAGCUCAAGACAGCGAAACUCCGUUGUCUGAUUUUACUACUCCUACCCCAGUAGAAGUAAGUAAAACGUAUGAGUCAAAAGAAGGAAUAUCAGUGUACCAGACUGACUUGGUUGAGAAAGAGGGUGACUAUGUGCCAGAUGUAGCUCCUGAACUUCAUAAGGGAAAAGCAGUGCCCACCCAUCCAUUACAAUCAGUAAUAGUUGAGGAAAUAACACCAGAGGGAGAUGUUGGGAGCUUGUCAAAGAAACAUCCCCAAACAGUUCAUGCCAAUUAUGAACACACUAUGUUCCAAGAAACAAUUGUUGAAGAGACGGUGAUUGGAGAGGGGUUGGCUAAGCAAAAGGAAGUUGUCAAGCAGAAAGCAAGCGAGCUGAUGUCAAUAUUUUGGAGGAACAGAGUGUUACAGUUACAGAAGUAAUUACGGAUUACAAAGAAAAUCAGUAUACUAAACCUGAGUUACCAAAAGAGUGUUUUGCAUCACAAUCACACUUACCACAAACAGUAGCGGUUAAAUCUGAAGUCCUGACAGAGCAGACAACUUCUUCAUUUGAACAAAAAACACCAAAAACUAGUGUAGCAAAAUCAGACCAAACAUCAUUAGAAAGUAUAGUUGUUAGUGCUGUUGAACUUGCAGAAAGUGAACAGGAAUUUAAAAAGGACAGAUCUCCAAUUAAAUCCAAAGCUAUUGUAGAACUAGCAGACGAAUUAACAGGUUUGACAGUUCAAGAAAUUGUCA